CAUCACUGCUCAUCAACAUAGAAAGAGAGAAUCAAUCAGAGACCAAAUGCAGGCUUUGGCGGGUUUCCAGAAAGCCAGCCUUGAAAUUGAUACUUGAGCUUUCAAAAUCCCAGAACAGCUCCACCUCACCUUAUUAAACCCUCCCCUCUCUUCCCAUUUACUUCUUAUUUACUCUACCCACCCAUAAACCACUCCCAUUUUGCACACAAGUCCCAUUUUGGAAUCUUCCCACUAAAGACUAGCAGAGAGCAAGCUCUUCCUUCUACAUUAAGCACCAUCAUCCACAGAUCCACAGCUCAGCCUCAACGGAAAACGAAGGCGGGGGCUUAAUGCUACCGAGUGUAUAAUAGACUGACUGUCCAGAAAUGUCGAGGAUCGCUAAGUGGAAGCUUGAGAAGACAAAAGUGAAAGUCGUUUUCAGGCUACAAUUCAAUGCCACACAUAUUCCCCAAAGCGGAUGGGAUAAGCUGUUUAUAUCUUUCAUACCUGCUGAUUCUGGAAAGGCGACUGCAAAGACAACCAAAGCAAAUGUGAGAAAUGGAACAUGCAAAUGGGGAGAUCCCAUCUAUGAAACUACACGACUUCUACAAGACACUAAAACAAAGAAAUUUGAUGAGAAGCUCUAUAAACUUGUGGUGACCAUGGGUUCUUCACGGUCUAGUGUCCUUGGGGAAACCAAUAUCAACCUUGCUGAUUAUGCAGAUGCGUCAAAGCCUUCUGCCGUUGCACUUCCCCUCCAGGGAUGUGAUUCUGGAACAAUUUUACACGUAACUGUACAGCUGUUAACUUCGAAAACUGGUUUCAGAGAGUUUGAGCAGCAGAGGGAGCUCAGAGAGAGUGGUCUAUGUACAACAUCAGACCAAAGCAGAAAUGAUGUAUCCACUGCUAAAAGAAUAUCGUCUUCUGAAGAUACAGUCAAUGCGAGAGUUAGAUUCAGAGAAGAACUCUCUCCCCUUGAAGAGGACAUUGGGAGGAAUGAAGAGUAUCCGGACUCAACUGUAGGGUUUGAUGGUUCGUCCAAUACUUCAGAAAGUUUAUAUGCUGAAAAACAUGAUACCUCGAGUACCCAUGAGAUUGACAGCCUUAAGAGUACAACCUCUGGUGAUUUGGGUGGACUGUCCCUUGGUCAGAGUCCUCGAAAAGAUAAAGGAGACCCCUCUGAUCAACGUUUCUUGGCACAGGGGACCAGUGAGUGGGCUCAUAGCUGGGCUUCUGACUAUUCUGGAGAUGUUGAUUUGCCAAAUGCCUACGAGGAGAAUAGUAGACUUAGAGGAAGCCUGGAAGAAGCUGAGUCAUCAAUUCUUGAGCUUAAGCAGGAAGUAAGCUCUUUACAAAGCCAAGCUGAUGAAAUAGGAGUCAAAGCACAAAAGUUUUCCCUUCAACUUGAUGCAGAAAUAUCUUCAGGCAAACAGUUGGCCAAAGAAGUUUCUGUACUGAGAUCAGAAUGUUCAAAAUUGAAAGAAGAUCUUGACGAGCGGAAAAACACCAGAUUAAGAAUUCCAUUCACCAGCAGAGAAGCUAUUGAGACAGGCCAGGAUGACUUUUUGCAUGAGUUACAGCUCAGGUGGUUAAAGGGGCUUGGGGAUAUGGAGGAUAAGAUAAGAGAGCUUCAAACUAAAGCAACCAUCGGAGCACAUGAGAGGGACUUCAGGUCCUUUCAUUCAGAUUUAGAGGCAUUGGUUGGUGCUCUGCAAGAUUUAAAGCCAGUAACUGGACAAGCAAUUUUGGGGAUGAACAAGGGAAGCACAAAGGAGACAAAUGCAAUGAAUGUACAUAAAGAUGAGCAAUUAGCACUAGGAACUAGUUUUGAUGCAGAUUUCUAUCCUGAAGGUAUGUUUCAUAGCCUAAGUAUGCCUGGCUUGGUGUCACAAGAGUUUGACUCUUUAGAUGCUACAAAUGCAAUUAAAAGCAAAUUGUUUGAGCUUUUAAGAGAAUUAGAUGAAUUAAAAGCCGAGCGAGAGAGCCUUGCAAAGAAAGCAGACCAGAUGGAGUGCUACUAUGAAGCUCUCAUUCAUGAAUUAGAAGAAAAUCAGAGGCAGAUGUUGGGGGAGUUGCAGAGUCUCAGAAAUGAGCAUUCUACCUGCUUGUACACAAUUUCAUCUGCUAAAGCUGAGAUGGAGAGAAUCCAGCUAGAUAUGAGCAAUGAGAUAAUAAAAUUUUCUAAAGAAAGGCAUGAUUUGGAUGCCCUCACAAAAGAGCUUGAAAGAAGGGCUUCUACUGCAGAAGCAGCACUUAAAAGGGCACGCUUGAAUUACUCCAUUGCGGUGGACCAUUUACAGAAGGACCUUGAAUUGCUUUCUUCUCAGGUUCUAUCCAUGCAUGAGACUAAUGAGAACCUCAUUAAGCAGGCUUUUGCAGAUUCUGUGCUUCCAAGCUUUCAGGGGCGUGAGGUGAUGAUUCGGAAUCCGAAACGGGAAACAGAGACUUUUCAUGCUGAAAAGCACAAGCAGCAUCCAAAACAAAGCAAUGGGGUAAAAAGACAACAUUUAGACGGGGAUAUACUAUCAGAUGAUUUAAGAAGGUCUCUCCUCUUGCAGAAGGAAACAUACCAAAAGGUCGAAGAAGAAGUUUACGAAGUGCAUCUGGUGAACGUAUAUUUAGACAUCUUCUCAAAGACCCUAGAGGUUACAUUGAUUGAAGCAAGUGCUGACUUUGGAUUGCUGAAAGAGAGGGUGCUUGAACUUACACAACAGCUGGAGUUUUCAACUGAGUCAAAGGAGUUAUUGAUACUGAGGCUACAGACUGCCUUGGAUGAGAUUCACUGCCUGAAUGAGGACAAGGAUAUUUGGGCUUCAAAGUGCAGUGACUUGACUCUAAAGAACCAAAAUUUGGAACAAAAUUUUCGGACUGCCAUCAAUGAGUGCAAAGAUACUUGCAAUUCAAAGUGCAAUGACUUAACGCUAAAGAACCACAGUAUGGAAGUAGAGUUGCAGAAUCUUACAAGAGAAACUGAUCUUCAAGCCCAGAAGAUUGCUGAAUGGGAAGAUCUUCUAAAAGAAUAUGAGACCUAUGAGAGCAAAUAUAAAGACUGCAGUGCCGAAAAGUUGGAGUUAGCAAAUUUGUUGGAAAGACAAACCCUAGAAAAUAAGAAUCUUCAAAACAGACUUUCGUCUUUGGAAGAAGAGUUAAAAGCUGUCAGAAAUGACUGGCGCGAGCUGGCAUAUGCGAAGGAGGGUUUGCAGAAUAUUGUAAAUUCUUCACAGGGUAAGUUGCGGAAUCUGUUGGCUUCUUAUGAUGAAAAGUAUGAAGGUCUGUCUCUGCCUCUCUGUCAUGAAUAUAAUUAUCAGGAUUUGGAAUCCAGAGAUUUAACUGUUGUGGUGGAUCAAAUAGAAGAGCUUCAGCACAAUGUAUAUGAGAAGAUUGUCCUGCUUAUGGAAGAGAAGAAUAAUCUAGUUCAAGAAAGAGAUAUAGCUCAAAUGUCUUUAAGAGCAGCGGAUUCUGAUAAUAUGAUCAUGAAACAGAAAUUUGAACGGGAUCUACUAGGUAUGGUGGAUAAACUGGAUGUUUCAAAUGCCCUGGUGCAAAAUCUUCAGUUGCAAGUUGGGGCUGUUGCUAACAAACUUCAAAUUAGCUCAGAAGUUGAAGAGAGAUAUGCACAGCAGCACAAAGAACUAUUGAUUGAUCUUGAUCAGUUGGAAAUGGAGCUCCAGCAAAUUUCUUCCAAAUACCAGGACCUUGUGGAGGAAAUUAUGGCACUAGAGACUGUAACCGACGAACUGGAGAGGUGUAAAUUGACUAUAGCAGCAUUAACUGAGGAACAAGAAGCUCUACUGGCAUCCUUGCAGGAUAAAACUGAAGAAUCUUUCAAGCUUUCUAUGGAGGUUAAUAGUUUGCAAGGCAGUUUGCUGUCAUCACAUGAUGAGUUGCACAUUGAGAAAAAUCACAGAGAUAAGUUGGAGAGUGCAGUUUCGGAUCUCACUGCCCAAUUGAAUGAAAAGUAUAGUCAGUUUCUAAAUUUUGAUCACCAGAAGGAUGAGCUGGUCCACCUCAAACAGUUGUUAUCAGAAUCAGAGCUAGAGAAAUCAAGAGUUUGUGGUCUCUUGUUGGAUACUGAGAAAUGUCUAAAUGAUGCUCAUGAAGAAUGUUGCUCUAUAUCUGCUUUGGAAGCCCAGCUAUCUGAAAUGUUUGAAUUUUCAAUAGCUGCUGAUAUUGUACUCGCUUUUACAAAGGCUCAAUAUGAGACCAAGAUUGAAGAACUUGAUCAAAAACUUCAGUUUUCUGGUAGCUGUCUGUCUGAGCUUCGCGACAAUCACCUUGGUGUAGAAAAUAUGCUUAACAGAUGUCUUGCUAGCGAAAGGCAUUUAGUUGAAGCGAACACCAAACUGAUGGCUAGAUUAUCUGAUGCUGCUGAAGAAUGUUCUUUGAUUUCUGUUCUGGAAGCUCAGUUGUCUGAAAUGCAUGAAAUUUCAAUAGCUGCCGAUGUUGGACUCACCUUUGCAGAAGCUCAAUACGAGGCCAGGAUUGAAGAGCUUGGCCAGAAACUUCACUCUUCUGAUAUCCACCUUUCUGAGCUUCGCAACAAUCAGCUCGAUGUGGAGAAUAAGCUGAAUGACUGUCUUACUAGUGAAAGGCACUACAUUGAAGAGAACACCAAAUUAAUGACAAGUCUCAGCUCACUGAUGUCUGACUUAGAAGCCUCCAUUGCUCAAAACAGGAUACUUCUUGAUACAAACAGUUCCUUGAGGACAGAACUUGAGGCAUGCAAGCAAAGAGCUGAAAAUUCAAAAGCUCAAUAUGAGUCCAGGAUUGAAGAGCUUGACCAGAAACUGCACUCUUCUGAUAGUCAUCUUUCUGUGCUUCACAACAAUCACCUUCAUGCGGAGAAUAAGCUUAAUGAAUUUCUUGCUAAUGAAAGGCAUUAUAUUGAAGAGAAUACCAAAUUAAUGACAAGUCUGAGCUCCCUUAACUCUGAGUUAGAAGCCUCCAUUGCUCAAAACAGGAUACUUCUUGAUACAAACAGUUCCAUGAGGUCUGAACUCGAGGAGUACAAGAAAAGAGCUGAAAAUGCAGUGGCUAUUGAUCAUGUGGAUAGAAGUCAGUGUGCUCUUGAGAAUGAAAAGCUGGAGCAUAUAUCAGUGAUUUCUGAAGAAGAAAUUGAUAACCUGAUAUUCUCCAAGGAAGAACUAGAAAUCAAUCAUGUAGUGCUCAAAGCCAAGUUGGAUGAACAGUACAUGCAAAUAACCUCUCUGGAAGCAUAUAAAGAUGAAAUGACGUUGAUGCAUAAUAAUGAAUGCAAUGACCUUAAACAGAGGCUUGCUCAACAGGUUGUGAAGGCAGAGGAGUUUAAGAACUUGUCCAUCCAUUUCAAGGAGCUUAAAGACAAGUCUUGUGUUGAGUGUCUCCAUAUGCCUGACAAAAGAGAGCUAGAAGUGCCACUAGCUGCUAUGCACGAGUCCUUAAGAAUUGCGUUCAUCAAAGAGCAAUAUGAAAUCAAGCUGCAAGAACUAAACCAACAACUUGUUAUCUCCAAAAAGCAUUGUGAGGAGAUGCUGUGGAAACUACAAGAUGCAAUUAAUGAAGUUGAUAACAGGAAGAAAUCUGAAGCUACUCAUGUAAAGAGAAAUGAAGAGCUAGGAAUGAGGAUCUUGGAGUUGGAGUCUGAACUACAAUCAUUGCUCUCUGAAAGGCGUGAAAUAAUGAAAGCAUAUGAUCUGAUGAAGGCCGAAAAGGAAUGUUCAUUAAUAAGCCUCGACUGCUGUAAAGAAGAAAAACAGGAGCUUGAAGCAUCUUUGCAGAAGUGCAACGAGGAAAAAGUUCAAAUUACUUUAGAACUCACUUCAGCAAAAGAUUUGCUUCAGAGCUCUUCACCUUCUAACCAGAGAGAAGGGAACGAAAAAUUGCACAAAGAAUAUAGCAUUUCUAAUGAAACAGCUGGACCUGAAUGCUUGAGUUCCAUUGAUGAACCAGAAAAGGAUGAUAUUCUAUCCAGAGGUAUAAAUGGAAUUCCUAGUGCUUUACCUUCGAAACAAACAGACGUGCUUAAUAGUGACAUGAAGCAUUUGGUUCUUGCCAAUAACCAAUUCAGGUCCCAAAACCUAAGAUCUAGCAUGGAGAACUUGAAUAAGGAGUUGGAAAGGAUGAAACACGAAAAUUUGCUUCCUCUAGAUGAUCAUCAUCAUGACUCAGAUUUUCCUGGUUUACAAAGAGACCUGAUGCAAUUAAAUAAGGUUAAUGAAGAAUUGGGAAGUAUUUUUCCUUUGUUCAACAAGUAUUCUUGCAGUGGCAAUGCAAUAGAGAGAGUACUAGCUCUGGAAAUUGAACUUGCAGAAGCAUUGCAGGCAAAGAAGAAAUCAGCCUUCCAGUUUCAGAGUUCUUUCUUGAAACAACACGAUGAUGAGGAAGCAGUGUUUCACAGCUUUAGAGACAUAAAUGAGCUAAUUAAAGACAUGCUGGAAGUUAAGGGAAGAUAUGCUACUGUGGAGACCGAACUGAAAGAAAUGCAUGACCGUUACUCUCAGCUAAGCCUUCAGUUUGCAGAGGUUGAAGGCGAGAGGCAAAAACUCUUGAUGACUCUCAAGAAUGUUCGAGCAUCAAAGAAAGCAUUGUACUUGAACCGCUCAUCAACAACCACUAUACUGGAUCCUUAGUCAAAAUUGUAGCUGCAUACCAUCUUGAAGAAACAACCCUCUGCAGGGUUAAGAGGCUAAAAAAUGAAGUUCCAGAGGGCUUGAUGCGUUAUGUCAUUGAUCAUGUUGAUGAUGAAUAAUGACGGUCAACUACGCUGCUGGUGGGGAAAGUUUUGCAAGUUAGAAGACUGUUGAAAACCAAGGAGAAGUGUAAAUAACAAAAUCAGCUGGUUUUGUUUCACUGGUUGAUAUAGUAUCACUAGUACAUAAUUUUUCGUCUUGUAUAUAUAGCUUCAAGUCCCAUAGUUGCCAAUUUCAAUUUGAUGCAAAAUUGAUGGGUACUAUUACAUUGUGCUUUGGCUACCUGGGCGUUAGUAAAGGCUUGUCCAGAGCCUGAAUUCAACAAGGAAUUGAUAAUUUCUGGGUUAAAAGGACAGACGCUCGAAAUUGAUG